AUGGUGAUGAAUAGGCUAAAUAUAGUGUGUGCAGAAUAUGGAGGAGACAGGAAUAUUGGUUUAGACGAGUUUUCGGUGCUAUUUGACGAAGAACCCAGUUUGCAAGAAGUUAAGGAAACUUUCAAUGUUUUCGAUGUGAAUAAAGAUGGUUUCAUAGACGCUACUGAGCUGCAGAGAGUUAUGUGCAGCCUUGACCUAAAGGAAGGGUGUGAAUUAGAAGAAUGCAGAAGGAUGAUUAGAGCUUUUGAUGAAAAUGGCGAUGGACUAAUCAAUUUUAAUGAGUUUGUGAAAUUCAUGGAGAAAUGCUUUUGUUAA